UUUUUCCCUCUGUGCUUGGCAUGGCGUGUGCGGGCAGGAGACUGGCUGGUGGGAGAGGGAGCUUUGGGACCUGGCGAUGGACUGGGGCAUGUGUACUGGGGGGUUGGGUAGAAGGACCGGGGGCACUGUGAACUCCCUCUUCUUGCCUGGAUGGGCUCUUCUGCUGGGUCAUGCUCCUCCCCGAGCUCCACCUCUGGUAAGCUGAGCUGCCUUUUGUCCCACGGGUGCCCCUCCAAGUUAACCCCUCAUGCCCUCUGCACCCUGCGGCUGCUCUGACUCACCCCCGGGGAACUUGAGCUGCUGUGAAGGGACCACUGGGAAUGGCUUUGGCUCUGAGGCCUCAGAACUGGGUCUCCCCAAGUCUGGGGUCUGUGAUGGGGAGGGCGAGAAGGAGCCAGGAGUGAAGAGCCAGGCCAGUUGACUUCCUGGGGCCAGAGGGUGAUUCUGGCUACAGACCUGCGCGUGCCUUUGUGCUGUGCACAGUCCCCAGCUGGGCAAUGACCUCCAGCAGACAGAACCCUCUGGUGGGGGAGGGGCGAUGAGUCAGCCUCAGGCUAAAUCCAGACCUGAGCUCAGAGCUGGGUCUGGUGUCACAGCCAUCUCAGGGGGCUGCCAUGCCUCACCACUUGGGAAAGACCCUUGGGGCCCUAAGCUUGAGCCACCCAGAAGGAGGACAGACUUGGAGCUGGCGAAGGACACUGAGUGGACUUGGAGUCUGGGCCAUCGCUGGGCCCGAGCUAACAGCACUGCGUGCCGUAAUGAGUGUGUCUGGGUGGUUAAAGAGGAGGACAAAGCUCUCCCGAAGCCUGGCCCUCCUGCCAAAGAGGAAGGGGCUCCAGAGGGCAGCUCAAAGGGCAGCAGUGGCCCAUCUAAGAGUCCUCAGCCUUCCACCAGCCCUGUGCCCUCUGAGCCUCCCCAGAGAGCCAAGAGCCCUGCGUCCACCCCAGCCAUGAACGGCCCGGCGGCUACCUCAGCGGAUGGCCCCAGCGAGGAGGCCCAGGGCCUGUCCCGGAAGAGGGUGGCAAACGCAGUGAGGAAGGUGGUGAGCAGGGUGCUGCCUGGUGAGGAGCCUGGGAGCGCCAAGGAGCCUCCGGGCAGAGGGGUCCGAUCCCCUGAGCACCCGGCUCGAGGCAAAAAAGGAGAAAAGGCAGCCCCUGGCCCCAAGCCGUCACCCCCACCUGCCCCCCCUCCUCCGCCUAAGCCUGAAGCGAAGAAGGAGGCGCCCAAGGACGAGCUCUCUGUGGGCCUGCGGAGCCUGAUGUCCCGGGGCCGGGGCAAGGACCACAAGCCGCGGGGCAGGCAGUCUCCUGGGAAAGCGGAGAAGCCCUCCUCCAGCCAGGAGCCAGGCCCCUCGGGGAAGCCAGGCCCCUCGGGGAAACCAGGCUCCCCGGCCCUGCCGGAAGAGCUGGCGGACCCAGGCUCCGCUGGCCCGAACCUCAAGUCGAACCUCACUGGAUUGCAGCCGAACAAGUCAGCAGUCCCUGAUGCGCAGCAGGAGGCUGGAGCUGCCCCCGAGGUCUGGCUGAGCCCCACAGAGGAGGCCCACCGGCGGCUCGAGAGGAUCUUCACAGCUCCAGUAAUGCUGCCUCUCACCUGUGGUUCCGAGUCUCUGCUGGACCCUGGGGCCGCCUCUCCUGCCCACAGCCAGGUAGGGCACUCCUGCCCCCCUCAGGAGCCCUCCGGUGACCACCCGCCACCCCCGGCCUGUACCUGGGCUGGCGUCUGUGCUCGGGCCUCGUGCUGGAGUGUGAAGACAGAAGAGCAGAUCACAGCCGAGGAAGCCUGGUAUGAGACAGAGAAGGUGUGGCUUGUCCAUAAGGAUGGCUUCUCGCUGGCCACUCAGCUCAAAUCCAAGGAGCUCAGCCUGCCCGAGGGGAAGGUGCGCGUGAAGCUCGACCACGAUGGGGCCGUCCUGGAUGUGGAUGAGGAUGACGUGGAGAAGGCCAAUGCUCCCUCCUGCGACCGUCUGGAGGAUCUGGCCUCGUUGGUGUACCUCAACGAGUCUAGCGUCCUGCACAGUCUGCGCCAGCGCUACGGUGCCAGCCUGCUGCACACAUACGCCGGCCCCAGCCUGCUGGUCCUCAGUCCCCGAGGGGCCCCGGCCGUGUACUCGGAGAAGGUGAUGCACAUGUUCAAGGGGUGUCGGCGGGAGGACAUGGCCCCGCACAUCUACGCAGUAGCCCAGACCGCGUACAGGGCGAUGCUUAUGAGCCGUCAGGACCAGUCCAUCAUCCUCUUGGGCAGCAGUGGCAGUGGCAAGACCACCAGCUGCCAGCAUCUGGUGCAAUAUUUGGCCACCAUCGCAGGCACCAGCGGGAACAAGGUGUUCUCUGUGGACAAGUGGCAGGCUCUGUCCACCCUCCUGGAGUCCUUUGGGAACAGCCCCACCGUCAUGAACGGCAACGCCACCCGCUUCUCCCAGAUCCUCUCCCUGGACUUUGACCAGGCUGGCCAGGUGGCCUCCGCGUCUGUUCAGACCAUGCUUCUGGAAAAGCUGCGUGUGGCCCGACGUCCAGCCGGUGAGGCCACAUUCAACAUCUUCUACUACCUGCUGGCCUGUGGGGAUGGCACCCUCAGGACAGAGCUCCACUUGAACCACUUGGCAGAGAACAAUGUGUUUGGGAUUGUGCCGCUGGCCAAGCCUGAGGAGAAGCAGAAGGCGGCUCAGCAGUUCAGUAAGCUCCAGUCGGCCAUGAAGGUGCUGGGCGUCUCCCCGGACGAACAGAAAGCCUGCUGGCUCAUCCUGGCUGCCAUCUACCACCUGGGGGCUGCAGGCGCCACCAAAGCUGGACGCAGGCAGUUUGCUCGCCACGAGUGGGCCCAGAAGGCUGCGUACCUGCUGGGCUGCAGCCUGGAAGAGCUCUCCUCAGCCAUCUUCAAGCACCACCACCAGGGUGGCACCCUGCAGCGCUCCACGUCCUUCCGCCAGGGCCCCGAGGAGAGCAGCCUGGGUGACGGCACAGGCCCAAAACUGAGUGCGCUGGAAUGCUUGGAGGGCAUGGCAUCUGGCCUCUACAGCGAGCUCUUCACGCUUCUCAUCUCCCUGGUGAACAGGGCUCUCAAGUCCAGCCAGCACUCGCUCUGCUCCGUGAUGAUUGUGGACACCCCAGGCUUCCAGAACCCUGACCAGGGUGGGUCGGCCCGUGGGGCCUCCUUUGAGGAGCUGUGCCACAACUAUGCCCAGGACCGGCUACAGAGGCUCUUCCACGAGCGGACCUUCAUUCAGGAGUUGGAGAGACACAAGGAGGAGAACAUCGAGCUGGCGUUUGACGACUUGGAGCCGGCCACAGAUGACUCUGUGGCCGCCGUGGACCAGGCCUCCCAUCAGUCCCUGGUCCGCUCGCUGGCCCGCACAGACGAGGCGAGGGGCCUGCUGUGGUUGCUGGAAGAGGAGGCUCUGGUGCCAGGGGCCACAGAGGACACCCUCCUGGAGCGCCUCUUUUCCUACUACGGCCCAAAGGAAGGUGACAAAAAAGGCCAAAGCCCCCUCCUGCGCAGCAGCAAAUCGCACCAUUUCCUCCUGGGCCACAGCCACGGCACCAACUGGGUGGAGUACAACACAGCCGGCUGGCUGAGCUACACCAAGCAGAACCCAGCAGCCCAGAACGCCCCCCGGCUCCUACAGGACUCCCAGAAAAAAAUGAUCAGCAACCUGUUUCUGGGCCGGGCGGGCGGCGCCACGGUGCUCUCAGGCUCCAUCGCAGGCCUGGAGGGCGGCUCGCAGCUGGCGCUGCGCCGGGCCACCAGCAUGCGGAAGACCUUCACCACGGGGAUGGCGGCGGUCAAGAAGAAGUCCCUGUGCAUCCAGAUUAAGCUGCAGGUGGACGCCCUCAUUGACACCGUGAAGAAGUCCAAACUGCAUUUCGUCCACUGCUUCCUGCCGGUGGCGGAGGGCUGGGCCGGGGAGCCCCGCUCUGCAGCCUCCCGCAGAGUCAGCAGCAGCAGCGAGCUGGACCUGCCCCCGGGAGAGCACUGCGAGGCCGGCGGCCUCCUGCCGCUGGACGUGCCACUGCUGCGGGCCCAGCUCCGGGGCUCCCGCCUGCUCGACGCCAUGCGCAUGUACCGCCAAGGUUACCCUGACCACAUGGUGUUUUCCGAGUUCCGCCGCCGCUUUGAUGUCCUGGCCCCACACCUGACCAAGAAACACGGGCGCAACUACAUCGUGGUGGACGAAAGGCGGGCGGUAGAGGAGCUGCUAGAGUCCUUGGACCUGGAGAAGAGCAGCUGCUGCAUGGGCCUGAGCCGGGUGUUCUUCCGGGCGGGCACAUUGGCACGGUUGGAGGAGCAGCGAGAUGAACAAACCAGCAGGAACCUAACCCUGUUCCAAGCGGCCUGCAGGGGCUACCUGGCCCGGCAGCACUUCAAGAAGAAGAAGAUCCAGGACCUAGCCAUUCGCUGCGUGCAGAAGAACAUCAAGAAGAACAAAGGGGUGAAGGACUGGCCCUGGUGGAAGCUCUUCACCACCGUGAGACCCCUCAUCGAGGUCCAGCUGUCAGAAGAGCAGAUCCGGAAUAAAGACGAGGAGAUCCAGCAGCUGAAGAGCAAGCUCGAGAAAGUGGAGAAGGAGAGGAACGAGCUGCGGCUCAGCAGUGACCGGCUGGAGACCCGGAUCUCAGAGCUGACAUCGGAGCUGACGGAUGAACGUAACACAGGAGAGUCCGCCUCCCAGCUGCUGGACGCAGAGACCGCGGAGAGGCUCCGGGCUGAGAAGGAGAUGAAGGAGCUGCAGACCCAGCACGAUGCACUGAAGAAGAAAAUGGAGGUGAUGGAGAUGGAGGUGAUGGAGGCCCGUCUCAUCCGGGCAGCUGAGAUCAACGGGGAACUGGCUGAUGGUGACACAGGCGGCGAGUGGCGUCUGAAGUAUGAGCGAGCCGUGCGGGAGGUGGACUUCACCAAGAAACGGCUCCAGCAGGAGUUUGAGGACAAGCUGGAGGCGGAGCAGCAGAGCAAGAGGCAGCUGGAGAGGCGGCUCGGGGACCUGCAGGCAGAUAGUGAUGAGAGCCAGCGGACGCUGCAGCAGCUCAAGAAGAAGUGCCAGCGGCUGACGGCCGAGCUGCAGGACACCAAGCUGCACCUGGAGGGCCAGCAGGUCCGCAACCACGAGCUGGAGAAGAAGCAGAGGAGGUUCGACAGCGAGCUCUCACAGGCGCACGAGGAGGCCCAGCGAGAGAAGCUGCAGCGGGAGAAACUACAGCGGGAGAAGGACAUGCUCCUCGCCGAGGCCUUCAGCCUGAAGCAGCAGAUGGAGGAAAAAGACAUGGACAUCGCGGGAUUCACCCAGAAGGUUGUGUCACUGGAGGCCGAGCUCCAGGACAUUUCUUCCCAAGAGUCCAAGGAUGAAGCCUCGCUGGCCAAGGUCAAGAAACAGCUCCGAGACCUGGAGGCCAAGGUCAAGGAUCAGGAGGAAGAGCUGGACGAGCAGGCGGGGACCAUCCAGAUGCUUGAGCAGGCCAAGCUGCGACUUGAGAUGGAGAUGGAGCGGAUGAGGCAGACCCAUUCCAAGGAGAUGGAGAAUAGGGAUGAGGAGGUGGAGGAGGCCCGGCAGUCAUGUCAGAAGAAGUUAAAGCAAAUGGAAGUACAGCUUGAGGAAGAGUACGAGGACAAGCAGAAGGUGCUGCGGGAGAAGCGGGAGCUGGAGGGCAAGCUGGCCACACUCAGUGACCAGGUGAACCAGCGGGACUUUGAGUCAGAGAAGCGGCUCCGGAAAGACCUGAAGCGCACCAAGGCCCUGCUGGCAGACGCCCAGAUCAUGCUGGAUCACCUGAAGAACAACGCACCCAGCAAGAGGGAGAUCGCCCAGCUGAAGAACCAGUUGGAGGAGUCAGAGUUCACUUGUGCAGCGGCAGUGAAAGCGCGGAAAGCGAUGGAGGUGGAGAUCGAAGACCUGCACUUGCAGAUCGAUGACAUCGCCAAGGCCAAGACAGCGCUGGAGGAGCAGCUGAGCCGCCUUCAGCGUGAGAAAAAUGAGAUCCAGAACCGGCUGGAGGAGGAUCAGGAGGAUAUGAACGAGCUGAUGAAGAAGCACAAGGCGGCCGUGGCUCAGGCCUCCCGGGACCUGGCUCAGAUGAAUGAUCUCCAAGCUCAGCUAGAAGAAGCCAAUAAAGAGAAGCAAGAGCUGCAGGAGAAGCUACAAGCCCUCCAGAGCCAAGUGGAGUUCCUGGAGCAGUCCAUGGUGGACAAGUCCUUGGUGAGCAGGCAGGAAGCUAAGAUCCGGGAGCUGGAGACACGCCUGGAGUUUGAAAGGACCCAAGUAAAGCGGCUGGAGAGCCUGGCCAGCCGGCUCAAGGACAACAUGGAGAAGCUGACUGAGGAACGGGAUCAGCGCGCGGCGGCUGAGAACAGGGAGAAGGAGCAAAACAAGAGGCUGCAGCGGCAGCUCCGGGACACCAAGGAGGAGAUGGGUGAGCUCGCCAGGAAGGAGGCCGAGGCGAGCCGCAAGAAGCAUGAACUGGAGAUGGAUCUGGAGAGUCUGGAAGCUGCUAACCAGAGCCUGCAGGCUGAUCUGAAACUAGCGUUCAAGCGCAUCGGGGACCUGCAGGCCGCCAUUGAGGACGAGAUGGAGAGUGAUGAGAACGAGGACCUCAUCAACAGUUUGCAGGACAUGGUGACAAAGUAUCAGAAAAGAAAGAAUAAACCCGAAGGGGACUCAGACGUGGACUCAGAGCUGGAGGACCGGGUCGACGGUGUCAAGUCAUGGCUGUCUAAAAACAAGGGGCCUUCCAAGGCGGCUUCUGAUGAUGGCAGCUUGAAGAGUUCCAGAACCGCCCUCAGCACCGCGGGGAAGGAGGGCAAGGGGGUGGAGGAGAGGCCGACCUCGGUGCUCAGCUCGCUGAGCUACCGAAAGCGGCUCACCCUGAAGGACUCCAUCGGGGGCACCGGGGACGAGGAUUCGCUCUUCACCACCCUGAGCGAGCGGCCGGCCUCCCCGGAGAGGCCGCCCCGGAAGGCCCGCGGGGGCCCCAAGGAGGAGCCAGACGAGGGCGGCUCGGUCCUCUCCGGCGGCGUCGGGGGCCGCACAAGCCGGCUGGAGAAGCGCUGGGGCUCAGACUUGGACCGGGCCUCGGCCGUCUCAGCGCCGGUCAGCCGGGCCUCCUCGGCCACCCGGCGCGGCUCCGGCGGCGAGGACGGGGUGCGCUCCUCCUUGAGCUUCUCGCUGUCAGGCUCCCCCAGUUCCCGCCGCAGCGCCUCCCGGCUCGACAGCCUAUCGAUGACCCUCAGCCCUUCUUUGGGCCGGGCCUCGCUCCUCGGCCGGGAGAGCCCUGACUCCCGCCUGUCCCUGGGCCGGAGCUGCCUGGACGACUGGGACGAUGGAGCCAGCGUGGCCUCGAGCGAGGCGCACUCGCAGUACAGCCACCCGUCGUCUCUGGCCCGCAGUCUGUCGGUGCCGCCCCGGCCUCGCGCCUCCGCCUCCUCCACCCCGGAGGAGCCUCUGGGCUCCGGAGUCGGCCCGGUCAGCCGCCGCCCCUACCUGGACCCAGACCUGGAGGCCGCCAUCAACGAGGUCCUGAGCUACAAACCCGCCCCGUUCCACCGGAGCAGCCUGGAGCCGGGCUCCGAGGAGGAGGACCGGAAGAGCAUCCAGAGCACCCGCAGCGCCCAGCUGGACCCUCCGGAGCGAGCCACCAGCAUUCGCCGCUCCGCCUCGGCCGCAGACGUGUCUCGGUCCCGCGGCAGCCGGAGGAGCCGAAGCAAGAGGAGGAGUAGCUCCAGCUCCAGCUCCAGCUCCGAAGGUUCCUCGGAGCACAGGCAGCGGAAGAAGGGGCGCUCUCGGAAGAGCAAGAAGAAGUCCAAAUCGAGAAGGAAGAGAGCGGAGUCCUCCUCCUCCUCCUCCUCCUCCUCUUCCAGCGGCUCUACCAUCUCAGGCCACAGCCGCUCGAGCGUGAAGAAGGGCCCAGCUGCGGAGGACGAGGAGGCCGGGCAGGGGCGCCGGCAGUCCCGGAAGGAGGAGAAGAAGCGCAAGAAGGAGGUGGACAGCCUGAUGAUGCGGUACCUGUACCGACCCGAGAGCGACUAGUGCAGUAGCCCCACCAGCUACUGGAAGUCCCUUGCCCCUGACCGUUCAGACGAUGAGCACGACCUUCUCGAUGGCACCUCCAGGCCCCGAUACUCCCACAACUAUCUGAGUGACAGUGACACAGAGGCCAAGCAGACAGAGACCAAC